AUGCCGCUCCUGACCCACUUGGACCUGUCCUGCAACCAGCUGACUAGCAUCGACGAGGGCCUCUGCAGUAGUCCCGCCCUGCGCGGCCUCGUCUGCCUCGACCUCCGCGGCAAUGCGCUCGCACGGCUGCCGUCGGACUUCAAAUGCCUCACGUCGCUCACCACGCUCAAUCUGGGCUCCAACGACCUGACGCACCUCGACGACGACCUCUUCGCCGGCAUGUCCGCGCUCGCCACACUCUCGCUGAGCAACAACCGGCUCGCACGCCUGCCGGCCUCCAUCACCGUUGCGCUCGGCGCGAGCCUGGCCUCGCUCUCGUGCAAUCAGAACCAGAUCGAGUGCCUCCCGCCGGGCUUCACGGCCUCGCUCGGCGGCGGCGGCUCGCUCAGGGUACUCCGCCUGGCCGGCAAUCGGCUGACGUCGCUGCCCGACGACUUUGGCGAGCGCGUGCUGCCGGGCCUGCACCACCUGGACCUCACCGACAACCCGGGCCUCGUGUCGCUGCCCUUCCUCGACCCGGCCGCCGAGUUCUCGUAUGUGUCGACCGGCGCGCAGAUCUUCACGUCGAUACCGCAGCGCGCCCUGGCGAACCUGUUCAUCGGCGACAUGACCGUGGGUGCCAACCGGGCCUCGCUGGAGCAUCACAACAUCACGCACGUGCUCAUGGCCCUGCAGAGCGAACCUCCGCCCUAUCCCGAGGCGUUCACGUACAAGGUGGUUGCGAUUGAUGACGACGAGGACACGAACCUGCUCGAACUGCUGCCGGAGUGCUGCGCCUUCAUCGAGGAGGGAAUGGCCCAGGGCGGCGUGCUAGUUCACUGCGCGACUGUGGUGCUGGCCUACAUGAUGCAGCGACUCGGCAUCUCGUUCCACGUGGCGCUCGAGCGGCUGCGCCGAGUUCGAUCCGUCGUCUCGCCCAACCGAGGCUUCGUCGAGCAGCUGAUGCGCUGGGAGGCCCAGUGCCGCCAAUCCGAGACUUCACCGCCCAGCAGCGGUCAACUGCCCUAA